AUGGAACGCUAUGUACCUCUGCAGAAGUCGAUUUCAGGAAUGCAUACACCUGGUGUGAUAACUGCUUUGGUGCAACUGGCACCCCCUUUCUCGGGUAUCAUCACGGGAUGGUCGUUUUUUGCAGUUGCAUGGUUCAGCAUUGGGAACAAGAUUCUCACGAAGCACAUCGUGCAACAAGGUGCCGCAUCGGAGUGGUCGAUGGUGUUUCGUGUCUCCGCUCUUGUGGCGGCUCUCCCUGUUUUCGUGUUCACAUGGUGGGGAUCGGCUGAGAGACAGCUGUGGGCAGCACCAUCUUCAAAGAAUUCUGUGUAUUCGUUUUCCACGGAUAGAAGGUCAAGGAAUACCGGUGAAUCCUUUAGUCAGGUGAAUAAUUGA